GCCGGUGACGUCACGAGUCCGGCCCGCUGGAGCUAAGCGAGGGGCCGGGGGGCGCGGAUCCUGAGAGCCAGGCGGGGAAAGCUGGGCCAAAAGAGCUGAUCCGGGGAGCCGUGAUCGGCGGGAACCGGCCUGGAGCCGGGCACUUCAGGCCCCUGACCGCCCUCGCAGCCGAUCGGUGAACGCGGAGUGGCCCCUAGGCACCCCCUGCCCGGGCCCAGUCCCUCCCCGGGCCCCCCAUGGCCCGGGCCGCAGUCCUCCCGCCGUCCAGAUUGUCACCGUCGCUGCCGUUGUUGUCGCUGCUUCUGCUCCUGCUCCAGGAAACAGGAGCCCAAGAUGUGCGCGUUCGAGUGCUCCCAGAGGUUCGCGGCCGCCUGGGAGGCACCGUGGAGCUGCCGUGUCACCUGCUCCCACCCACGUCGGAACGCGUCUCUCAGGUGACCUGGCAGCGCCUGGAUGCCACGGUCGUGGCCGCCUUCCACCCAUCCUUCGGCGUGGACUUCCCCAAUACUCAGUUCAACAAGGAGCGUCUGUCCUUCGUCAGAGCGAACCAGGAGACAAAUGCAGACCUCCGGGAUGCCACGCUGGCCUUCCGGGGACUGAGGGUGGAGGACGAGGGGAAUUACACCUGCGAGUUUGCCACCUUUCCCAACGGUACCCGCAGGGGGGUGACGUGGCUCAGAGUCAUAGCCCAACCUGAGAAUCAUGCUGAGGCUCAGGAGGUCACCAUUAGCCCUGAGUCCGUGCCUGUCGCCCGCUGCGUCUCCACGGGAGGCCGCCCACCUGCCCGGAUCACCUGGAUCUCGUCUCUCGGUGGAGAGGCCCGAGAUAUUCAGGAGCCGGGGCCACAGACUGGCACGGUCAACGUCAUCAGCCGAUACUCCUUGGUGCCGGUGGGCCGAGCGGAUGGCGUCAAGGUCACGUGCAGAGUGGAACACGAGAGCUUCGAGGAGCCGCUCCUGCUGCCGGUGACCCUCUCCGUGCUCUACCCUCCCGAAGUGUCCAUCUCCGGCUAUGAUGACAACUGGUACCUCGGCCGCAGUGAAGCCAUCCUGACCUGUGAUGUGCGCAGCAACCCAGAGCCCACAGGCUACGAUUGGAGCACGACCUCGGGCGUCUUCCCAGCCUCUGCGGUCGUCCAGGGUUCUCAGCUACUUGUCCACUCUGUGGACCGGAUGGUCAACACUACCUUCAUCUGUACGGCUACCAACGCUGUGGGGACAGGCCGUGCUGAGCAGCUCAUCCUGGUCCGAGAGUCACCCAGCACAGCAGGAGCAGGAGCCACAGGCGGCAUCAUCGGAGGCAUCAUCGCCACCAUCAUCGCCACUGCAGUGGCCGCCACAGGCAUCCUCAUCUGCCGGCAGCAGAGGAAGGAGCAGCGGCUUCAGGGGGCUGAUGAAGAAGAGGAACUGGAAGGACCUCCCUCCUAUAAGCCACCAACCCCCAAGGCCAAGCUGGAGGAGCCAGAGAUGCCCUCCCAACUCUUCACUCUGGGGGCCUCGGAGCACAGCCCCGUGAAGACGCCAUAUUUCGACUCGGGUGUCUCUUGUGUUGAUCAGGACAUGCCUCGGUAUCACGAGCUGCCCACCCUGGAAGAGCGGUCAGGGACCCUGCUUUUGGGGGCCACGGGCCUGGGACCUUCUCUUCUGGUACCUCCAGGACCCCCUGUUGUGGAGGGGGUUUCCCUGGGUCUGGAAGAUGAGGAUGAAGAUGAGGAGGAGGAAGACUUCCUGGAUAAAAUCAACCCUAUUUAUGAUGCCCUGUCCUACCCCAGCCCCUCUGAUUCCUACCAAGGCAAAGACUUUUUUGUGUCACGAGCCAUGUAUGUGUGAGGCACAGGGGCUCUGACCUUUCACCCUUGGCCCCUCAGCUCUCCACCAGCGAUCUAGGAUGCUCUGACUUCCAGCCAAGCCAGGCUCAGCUAUCAACCCUGCAAUCCACCUGUGUGUGACUUCUUAGUAGUUCCACUAUGACCUCCGACCCUGAAAAACCUGCAUGACUGGGAACCUGGGAGGGAGCUGAGAGGAGCCUUCUGCAUCACCUCUGACCCCUCAAGGACUCUUGAGGCUCCUAAGACUGCCACCCUCUAAUCAUGCCACUCACUACCAAAAAAAAAAAAAAAAAAAAAAAAAAGAAAAACAAACAAAAAAACCCAAAGAAGAAGGGACCUCGGACUUGUCCUCAGACAAUAGAGUCCGCACAGGUCUGCAAGAACAGGGUCAGGGGCUACCUGCUGCUCAGACCUGAGCCCUCCAGGCAGCAGAAGCUCACCUGAUCCCUCCCCACCCUCCUCCCCAAAGGUGAAAAGGAGAGGACUCCCCUGUGUCAGGUAGGACCUCCCCAUCUCCACCCACUCCUGCAGGCAGGAAACUCAGGGUUCACACCCUCUCCUUAUCACCCGGUACCCCAGUUCCUGUCUCCAGAGCAUGAAGCCUAGGCCCAGUGCUGGAGGGGAGAGCCUAAUGCAAGUGUGCCUUGCCACCCCGUGUUUGAGAGAUUUGCUCUUAUCUUGAAGACUACUGAAUCCUUUUAACCCCUGCCCAGUGGGAGGAGAAUUAUACGACCCUCUUUAGGGGGUGGAGGGGGGUUGUGUGAGAUGGAGCAUUUGGGCAUCUGGGUUGGGAAUUUGGGCGAUGUUAUUUUGUAAGCAUUUCCUACAAAAUAUGAGUUUAUACUUUGAUAAA